AUUAAGGAAAAUCUUCAGUGAAAACGUAGCGACAGGAGCGGCUCCCUUCGGCGUGUUUGGUAUAUGACGGCCUCCUUCCAGCACCCAAAAGCCGACGCUUGCUCCUGAUGCUGGCACCGGAUCAGGGAGAAAAGUAGAGAAACUGCUGUCUCUCCCUAUGACGUCGCACGUUGCAGAUGGCGCAGGUGAUGGUGGAUCAGAGGAGCCACCGCAUGUCCUGGACGUGGCACGCUUCCGCCGGCUGAACUCGCUCAUCCACCGUGAGAACGUGGACGUGGACGAACUCCUGCAUCUGGUGGAGCAGGAUUACCACGUGAACCUCAUGCUCGACCCCUUGCUCAGCUUCGUCAUCGCCUGCAAGAAGCCCAAGCUCGCCUGCCGCCUCAUCGACAAAAUAUCAUCAAAUGACAUGCUCACGGCCUCCAACUACGACGGCGACACGGCGCUUCACGUAGCUGCCGCCAUGGGCUACAAAGCAGUGGCCUCGGAGCUGAUCCGCAGGGUGCCAGAUCUCGUUCAUGUGCGGAACCGGAAGCAGGAGAUACCGCUACAUAAGGCGGCCCUGUACGGGCUGCAGGACAUGUUCUGGCUGCUGGUGUCCAAGGAAAGCUCACCGGAUGCCCGGAGGGAGGACGGCGCCACCAUGCUGCACUGUGCCAUCAUGGGCAAUGCGCCGGAGCUCGCAUUGCAGAUUGCAAGGUCUUAUCCAGGUCAGAUCACAAAAGUCGAUCAGCAUGGUGUAACCUCGUUGGAUCUAAUGUUGACCAUUCCCGAGUUAUUCCGAAGCCAAACUCCCCUUGACUUCUACGAAUCCUUCCUAUAUGUCAUUUUCACUUCAGUGGUUCCAUCGGAAGAGGGCUGUGGCAAGACAAACGAUAAAGAUGCAGAAGAGGAAGCGAGAAGCUCUAACGAUAUUGUCUCGGAUGCACGACGUGACUACGAAUCUCUGGAGAGGUCGAGAGGAAUUCGUUCAAGAUUCCCACCUCACUAUGACACUCUCUUGGACCUAUUGGAAUUGAUUUGCAUCUUAGCCGGAUGGAUCGUUUUCCACCUUCUAAAGCAUUCCAGAUGGAGCCUUUUCCACAUUCUAAAGCAGUACUUAAUUCUCACAGUUUACCCUCCCAUGAAACCUUUGAAUGAGCUAAAGAGACGACAUCAAGCAGCUUUGCAACUCAUCGAGUGCUGUGCCCAACCAAUCAACUUUGAUCUUUUUGGGCUAAUACAUAAACCCGUUGGUGUUCGCCCUAAUAAUAACGAAGAAAAUCGUUUGGGAGGGAUCGUAGACUCUGCAAGUCCCUCACAUGAAACACCAGUAUCACCGGAGUCUGAGAGGGUGACACGUGAAACACCAGUGUCACGAAAAUCUGAGACGGCGACACCCUUGAUCAAAGCUGCGGAGAUUGGUCUUCACGAGUUCGUGGGCAAGAUCCUGCAGGUGUGCCCACAGUCAGCAACCUACCUGGACGCCAAGGGCAGAAAUGUUCUCCAAGUCGCUGUCAUGUAUCGUCGCAAGGAGAUUGUCAAGAUAAUAAGGAACAUGAGAACCAUUUUACCAUCCUGGUUAUUUUCCAGAAUCGACCCUGAAACCGGGAACACCAUCCUGCAUCUUGCUUCGGAUGGAAGCCCUGAUGUAGCAAAGGAAGAGCAAGACGCACCGGAUGCAAUGCAACUGCAUUACGAUUUAGUAUGGUUUGAGAUGGUGCAAUCAAUUAUUCCUAAAGAACUAGUGCAUAGUCGAAAUACGAAAGGAAAGACAGCGCGAGAGCUCUUUACUUCGAACCACAAACAGAUGCGUAAGAGUUGCAAGAAACAACUAGUGGGGAUUGCAAAGACAUGCACAAGCGCUGUGGCAGCUGUGGUCUUCGCCAUGAGCUCCUCCUUCUCCCACACCGACGAUCCAAAAACUGGCGAUUCACGCAUGUUCAAGGCCUUGUCAUACACAUACGUGAUCGGGUUGUCAUUCGCGGCUACAUCUCUGUUCCUGUUGCUGUCCCUCGUCAAAUCAUCGUACAAGGAGCAGGAGUUCCGCCAUGCCAUCCCAGCCAUGUUCAACUUAGCCGCCUUCACAUAUAACUUGGCGUUGGGGGCUCUGUUGCUGGCCUUCACAUUCAACACUUUCCUGCAGGUGUAUGGCGUGGAGGGAGCAAAUGAAAAGCAGGCGAUCACAUUCAUGCUAGAGAUCAUCGUCUGGCCAGUUUUCACUUGCCUCCUCCUCUUCUUUCUUCGUUCUAUUUAAAGUGUCUAUAAGCAUGCAUCAUCCUCACACAUCUACCAAACAGCCAGCAUGAUAUAAUCAUUUCAAGUGUUCUUCCGAUCUGCAUUGUUGCGCGUGCUUUCGACAGAUUUGCAAGUUCUAGCAUUUCAAUAAUCAUAGAUAAGUUUAUGUAUCAGCAGUUCUGUGUGCACAAAACUGGAUGUCAAUGUGUUUCGAGUUUGCGUGUGAAAUUUUAUAGUCGAUAUCUGACUUUUCA